AAACGAGUUGGGUCAAAAUUGUUAUCGGUAAUCGAACUUGACAAGAUGCAUUUUGGGAUGAAAUGGAUGAGCUUGUAAAAACAAAGGAUUGAAAUACCGUACCGGAGGUCAUACCGAAAAAGUCAGCGGUAGGGUAUUUUAUGCUAAAAUCGUGGUUUAACCAUGGUUCAACCGUAUUAUACCGCUAAAUAUCACUUAACGAUUUUACUUCCGGUAGGAGGUUUUCAAGUCGAACCGCCAGUACGGUACGGUAUUUUAAUCCUUGGUAAAAACUUGAAAGGUAAUUGUGAUGUUGUAAAAUGGAGUAGGGCUCGGGCAGGGACAAUAUCCUGUUCAGAAAGGCGAUUGUGAUAUUGUAAGUGAAUUCAUGAUUCAUAAACAAUAAUUCAAUAUUAAACGAUAAAUACAUUUCGUGAUGAAAUAAAUAAACUUCUAAAAUUUCAAAGUCAAAUGUGUUUAGUGUAGAUCAUCACAUUGAUGAGUGACCUCUUAAAGACUCAUCAUUAUACACCCAAACCAAAAGACAUUUAGAAUGAACAAUAUUCUGGUAAGUUGGACACAUUCUUUUCAUUUUAUGCGUUUUAUUAAAAAGAUGAAUUUCAACUCAUUUUUUCAAUACAAAAAGGAAUCAAUCACAAAAAUAAGAACAUGAAUUAUUUGCAAAUAUCUGCUGAAAAAAAGAAUCAUAUAUACUUAUACACAGAAAGAAAACAUAUAAAUAUGGGUGUAAGAAAGGAAAUUUUUAUAAGCCGAUAAACCUCUCCUCAUGUUUGUAUAUAUUUUAUUCAUUACAAAAGAAUAUUAAAUCCCACUUGUUCAUUUCUUGUCUUCUUGAGUUAAUCAUCCAAAAAUGCUGUCGAAACUAAUACCCAUUGGCUUACCUUGACUAGAUUUUUUUUUAUUCUAUUAUAAUUGUUAUUUUAUUGAAACCUUGAAUUAUUUUGUGACCCUAAAAAUGGAUCUUAAUAUAUUCUAAUAUGGUCGUACAUAUAAAAAUGAUGUUCUAAAAUUGUGAUAUCUUUUCUUACAUUUACAGUAAGACUGGUUAAGACGCCUCUUUAUUCGCAUGUAAAGAUAAUUUUACUACAUAGAAUUUCUAAAAGGACCAUGAGUUGCCUUCCAUAAAAAAAAGUUUUGAGUUUUCCUGUCAUGUUGAUCUUCCGAAGCUUCUUCCAGUUGAAAUCAUCCCCAUGCUCUUCAGAGUUGCCAGAUGCCUCUUCUUCCAUUCUUUUUUGCUCGAAUAGGUACCCUGAUUUCACUGUAUAUUUCCCAUCUUCAGUCCCUGUCCAGCACAACACAUCCUUGUUUGCAGAUGAAGCCAGUGGAAUCGCCUCAAUAGCCUGCCUCUCAUCAGGUGUGAAAAUAAGUUCAAGCAGAUCGUGCCUCCAAGUUCUUGUCCCCUGGUCAAUAAGAGUCGACACUCUUGCUUCCCAAUCCAUGAACGGGCAGGAAAAAAAAACCCUCAAAAUUGUCCAGAUUAGGGACCCAUUUAUCUCCCCAGAUUCCAAGUUCUUGUCCCCUGGUCAAUAAGAGUCGACACUCUUGCUUCCCAAUCCAUGAACGGGCAGGAAAAAAAAACCUCAAAAUUGUCCAGAUUAGGGACCCAUUUAUCUCCCCAUAUUCUUACUUCCUACCCAGAACCAAUUCUCCAUCUGCAACCUGCUUUAAGCAGAUCCUGAGCCCCCCAGAAGACUCCUCCAAAUAUAGCUAGGCCGCCACCUAGGGCUGGCUAUUUGGUCUGGGUUUUUUGGUUUUACCCGAAACCGGGCUGUAUAACCCGGACCAAGAUCGGACCGGGACCGGAUAGUAAACAAUCCAAUCCAAUCUUUAGGCUUAGAUUUGAGGUAAAAAACCGUUCGUGACCUUAUCGAAAACUGGAUAAAGACCGGAUAAGAGAGCUCAACACCCAAAACUUAAGGGUAAUUUGCAUAAACGGUCACAAACCUUUGCACUUAGUACAAAACUUAACCAACUCCUCACCCUUUCAGGCCUUAGGCCACUCAAAUCCCCACAAACUCAAUAUAAAAUCAAGACCGAA